GACGCAGCCUUCGGUGCAGUCGUCACUCGCGUCUGGGUACCGGUUCCCUGCUGUCCUGCGCCUGGCGGGCUGGCAUUGGGCCCGAGGAAAGCGGAGCAGUAGUUCCGUGUGGCACUGUUUGUGGCGAGGCAAGGGAAGAAGGAGAGAAGAAAACUGCACGGGAUCUGUGGAGAUUCCCCUGCCUGUCUGAGCACCUUGGUGAAGGAACUGAUGGAUUUUUGGGAGAAACCUUAGAAUCCUACAGGUCUUCUCCCAUGGACCUACAGUAAGGCUGGAAGCCAGGGAAAGGGGGAGACUGGCAUGGAACCAUGAAGGUUUGUGUGAAGGUGGGCAGCACCUGGGGAUAACAAGAAGAUCUUCCUGCAGGUCUGCUGUAGGGCUUGAGAUUACUGGAGGCAAAGAAACAAGGAGGAAAUUGCCCCUGAUCAGUAUAGACUGGUCCACUGAUCUCAUGAGUUAAUAGAUCUACUUUAGGGUAUAUCACCAAUCAAGAGAAGGAAAGAGGAGGGAACUGCCUUGAUCAUUACAGAUUUUGAUCUCAAGAGCACUCCCUAAUAAAAGCCCUUCAUGCUGAAUUCUGAGUCUGCUCUCCAGGAAGCCAACCUACGACAGUUGGUAUGAGGAGUAGUUCAGGAAAGCAUUUUGUGGUGAAAUUUUGAAGAUGAAUCACCUGCUGCCCAGCUGGCAAUGAAGACUGUGGUGAAAUUUUGAAGAUGAAUCACCUGCUGCCCAGCCGGCAAUGAGGACCCCAUCGCUGAUGGUUACAGGACACAGUGGACUUCCAGGCAAGGAAAAGAAGGAAGAAACUGCCUGGACCUGUGCUGGUGUAUGUGGGGGUGUCACUACCCCAAGACAUCUGGAGGGGUAGGGGAGGUUCCACUGUAUCUGCAAGCUGCAACCGGGCCUGCCAGCUGUAGCUGAAGACUCCACUCCCAACAUAGAAGCAACCCCACUCUACCCUGGUUGAAAAUUUGGUUCAGACGUUCAUCCCAGCAUGGGCCGUACUCGGGAAGCUGGCUGCGUGGCUGCUGGUGUGGUGAUCGGGGCUGGCGCCUGCUACUGCGUGUACAGGCUGACCUGGGGAAGAGAUGAGAAUGAGAAAAUCUGGGACGACAAUGAGGAAGACGAUGAAGAAGAAUCUAGUGAUAUUGUAGAGACUGGUGUCCAGACUGGAAAAGGAGCUAAGGCUAAUGCUGGGGUGGGGGCAGGGGCUAGACUUCAGGAUGAAUCAAAGGUCAAGGCUGAGGUGGGCAUGGAACUCCAGAAUGGUUCAGAUGUAAAGGCAGAGGCCCACUUGGGGGCUCAGAGUGGAGGUGGCCUAGAGGCCAAGGCCAAAGCCCUUUUCAGCACUCUGAAGGAACAGGCAAGUGCAAAGGCCAGCAGAGGAGCCAGGUUGGGCACUAUCUCUGGGAACAGGACCCUUGCACCCAGUUUACCCUGCCCAGGAGGCCGGGGUGGAGGCUGCCACCCCACCAGGAGUGGGGCUAGGUCUGGAAGUAGGGCAAGCGGAAAAACCAAGGGAAGGACCCGAGGUAAGAGCACCAGGACUCCAGCUACAUCAUGGCCUGUUCGCAGGGGCAAGUUUAACUUUCCCUAUAAAAUUGAUGAUAUUCUGGGUGCUUCUGACCUUCAAAAGGUUCUUAACAUCCUGGAACGAUCAAAUGAUCCUUUUAUUCAAGAAAUAGCCUUGGUCACUCUGGGUAACAAUGCAGCAUAUUCUUUUAACCAAAAUGCCAUUCGUGAAUUGGGUGGUCUUCCAAUUAUUGCAAAACUGAUAAAAACAAAAGAUCCUAUUAUUAGGGAAAAAGCUUAUAAUGCCCUUAAUAACUUGAGUGUGAAUGCUGAAAAUCAGGGAAAGAUUAAGACAUAUAUCAGUCAAGUGUGUGAUGAUACCAUGAUCUGUCGCUUGGACUCAGCUGUGCAGAUGGCUGGACUAAGACUGUUAACCAACAUGACUGUGACUAAUCAUUACCAACAUUUGCUUUCCUAUUCUUUUCCAGACUUUUUUGCUUUGUUAUUCCUGGGAAAUUACUUCACCAAGAUUCAGAUUAUGAAACUAAUUAUAAACUUUACUGAAAAUCCAGCUAUGACGAGAGAGCUGGUCAGUUGUAAAGUUCCCUCAGAAUUGAUUUCCCUCUUUAAUAAAGAAUGGGACAGAGAGAUUCUUCUUAAUAUCCUUACUCUAUUUGAGAAUAUAAAUGACAACAUAAAAAAUGAAGGGCUUGCAUCAUCUAAGAAGGAAUUCAGCAGAAGUUCACUUUUUUUCUUAUUCAAAGAAUCUGGAGUGUGUGUUAAGAAAAUCAAGGCAUUAGCAAAUCACAAUGACCUGGUGGUGAAAGUAAAAGUCCUAAAAGUAUUGACCAAACUCUAAUUUGGAGUAUGGUCCAAACAAUAUUGAGAUAAUUUUUCAGUGUGCACUGGGAACAAUGCAUUUUGUAAAUUCUUUGUUUUCCACUGUGCUUACAUGACAAUGAGAUCCUUUUGGCUCCUACUCUGGAAAAAUGAAUAUCAAGAGUCAUCAGUGAUGUUACUUGUGGUGGCUGGUUUCAGUAUGGAGCAUUUUAAUGAUUUAUUGAAUACUAGAGCUUGUGUAAAGAAAGCAUUUAUUGAUUCCAUCUUGCUACCGAGAUUGAGAUAUUUUUUACUCUUUACUCUAACUAAACUGACAGCAGACUAAUCAUAAAUAAGCUACACUUUUGUAUUGGUUUACAUUUGUUAAUCUUUGACUUGUGUUUCAUCAAUAAAGUUGUGUGUUUUAACCAGCAAAAAAAA